GUCUAGUUUAGUUUAGAUCUCAGGUAAUGUGCCUAUUGCAAAUUCGCGAACAAGGUCGCGUGUCUUCGACGCGUCGUCUUUGCGCACUUCUUGCUUUCUUAUCAUAUACUGUCCCGACGUUGUUUACGCAGUUUCGGCAUGCACUAUCGGUGGAUUGCCGCCAGUUUUGUGCCGGUCGCUGGUUAAUUCAGUUGUGUUUUGAGAGACUUAUAUCGUUUAUUCGUGUUAUACUCGAAGAUCAAUCAACUAUUUAUUUGUACUUUGCGACAAUAGUAAUUUGUUUAAUGUUCGGAAAUGCCGGUUUUUGAUCGCGUUUGUUAUGUAUAUUACAAGUCACGUGAUAGUGGAUUUGAUAACAUUCUUCUCUCGGCGUUGUGUUUGGUGUCAGUUACUAAAUUAAUCGGAUAUAUAUGGCCCCCAUGUUGAUUCUCAUCAUUAAGAAAGAUCCAUCAGGCUCGUUUAUAGCACUCGUUGUGCCUGGCAGUCCGAUAACCUGUUCACAGAAUUUGCCGUGCCUUGAAGUCCAUGAGUUGUGCAUUGUGUUUAGCGAGCGAACGCAAGGUCGUAGGACAACCGUUUUUUCACCAACUUCAGGCGAACGCAAUGUCGUAGGACAACCGUUUUUUCACCAACUUCGGGCGAACGCAAUGUCGUGGGGCAACUGUUCUUUCACCAAAUUCGGGCGAACGCAAUGUCGUGGGGCAACCGUUCAUGUACUAAAUUGUACGGUGCUUUGAAUGGGAGUCACUUCUACCGCUACCUUCGUACAGUGCCCUAAAUGGGAAUCUUUAUGGAUCCUUUGUUGGAUGAAGAAUUGGCUAAUCUGAGAUGGCCAAGUUUAUCAAUAAGGACCAAGUGGAGAGGUUCCGUGGUACUGGUAGAGUGCGUAUUCAGGAAGAUGAAUGUGUCAACUGGACUAAAUACCAAGAAUUGUCUAAGAAAUUGAAGAUUGGAUUGCCGGUGAUGAUGAUGAUUCCAAAUACGAUUGAAUGAAUUUACAUAAUUUUGUAGCUGUUAUUGAUAUCAUUUUUGUUUAUUUUGUUAAAAGUUAUAAACAGAGCAUUAAAUAGUAAUAUUGUUAUCCUGUUUUCUUGCUUGUAUUGUUAAAAAUGUUGUAUAUAACAUAUUAAGAAAUUGAGUUUCUAAUUCUACAUGUUUGAAUAAAAUUGUUUUUUUAUAAA